AGGUCGCAGGAGCAUCUUACAUCGGCGUGGCAGACAACAGCACUGGCUUACAGAGCUGUCAUGGAAACGACCACGCUCACUAUCAUCCUGAUUGCGGGUCUGUUUUCCACCCACCCCUGCCUUGGAACGGAGAAUAUCCUGAUAAUGAGCAAACUGGACUGGUAUGAAGCACAAACUUACUGCAGAACAUAUUACGGAGAUCUGUCCACCAUCACGAAUGGGGAGGAACAGGACCAGAUAAACAAUAUAAGGGGACAUGACUUAACCUGGAUUGGCCUGUACAGAGACCCAAACCAUCCAUCUGAGUUCAUCUGGUCAGAUGGUGACACGUCGCAUUUCCAAGCAUGGGGGGAUGACCAACCCAAUGACCUUGGUGGAAUACAGAACUGUGUGAGGAUGGAAGACAUGGGCUGGAAUGAUUAUGACUGCUUUGACGAAAAUUACUUCUUCUGCUCGAUCAAAAACCAAGAGAUGGUCGUGGUAGAGAACCCCAUGACAUGGGAGGAAGCUCUGGUAUACUGCAGGAAUCACUACCAGGACCUGGUGAGCCUGGCGUCAGAGACAAAGCUGAUACUGGCCCUGCAGAAAACAAACAUUUUUCAGGGGAUGUAUUUCUGGACGGGCCUCCGCUUCCUGGAUGACAGCUGGCUGUGGGUCGAUGGAGAGCAGCUGAGGAACGGAAGCUGGUCUGCAGAUCCGCUCCCCAAGUGUCCGGCGGAGCCUUUCCGCUGUGGGGCCCUGAGCACCAUCACCAAAUCUCAGGAAGUCUGGUCCUGUGAGGAGCGGCUGAGCUACAUCUGCAACACCUAGUGAUCCUACCUCAGGAGAAGAGAUGCAUCAAAGCACACAUCAGUUGUUUAGUCUAGAUUGAAAUUUGGUACUGAAUUUGUGCUUGACUUGAGAGAGUUUGGAGGAAAGAUGGUAUUCCUUACUGUGCAUGAAAUAUUUGUACCAUAAUUUUCAUAUUAAUGUAUCUAUUUUGCACACUCAUAAAAACAAGUAGUGUGGUUAAUGGUAAAAUUAA